AUGGCUUGCGCCUUCGUGGGCCCCCAGGCACCGACCCCACGUGGCAACCUGAGCCGCGCAGCAGGCGAGUACACGGGCUUUGUGCCGGACAUGCAGCGACGACAGCUGAUGAACUUUGUGCUGGUGACCACGGCGGGCAUCCCGGUGCUUGUGGCCCUGGGCUGCUACCUGUGGUACUUCGUGCCUCCUGUGGCCUCUGGCGGCGGUGGCGCACAGCUGUGCGGAGAUUUGGAUGGCAACCCCGUCACCCUGGAAUCCUGGGUCAAGGGCCACAAGGACAACGACCGCGAGCUGGUGCAGGGUCUGAAGGGUGAGCCAUACUACCUGAUCUCCACCCCAGACAACAUCAAGGACUUUGCCCUGCUGUCCGUUUGCACGCACCUUGGCUGCGUGGUGCCUUGGAGCAAGGCGGCAAACAAGUUCUGCUGCCCUUGCCAUGGAUCUCAGUACGACGAGAACGGCAAGGUCGUGCGCGGCCCCGCCCCGCUGUCCCUGGCUUUGGCCCACACCACCACUGUCAAGGGCAACUUGGCUCUUAGCCCCUGGACUGAGCAGGACUUCCGCACCAACGUGGACCCUUGGUGGAAGUGA